AUGUCAGAAUCAAACGCCAUAGCAAAUGGCUUAGCUGGUGCUGGUGGUGGAAUCAUUGCUCAAAUCAUAACUUAUCCACUUCAAGCUGUAAAUACACGGCAACAAACUGAGAGAACGUUGCUCAAGAAGAAUAAGCAAGGCUUGCUUCCUCAAUCUUCUUCCAAUGGAAUAGCUACUGCUUCUUCUUCUGGGGUUUUUCUUCAAAUCUUUCAGGUUAUUGGAAAUGAAGGUUGGGGUGGACUUUAUAGUGGUCUAAAACCUUCUCUUCUUGGAACUGCUGCUUCUCAGGGAAUUUACUACUUCUUCUAUCAAAUCUUCAAGAACAAGGCUGUGGCUAUUGCAGCUGCAAGGAAAGUCAAAGGGCAUGGAGAUGGAACUGUUGGAAUGUCUGGUUGGCUCAUUGUUGCCGCUAUUGCUGGAUCCUUGAAUGUUUUGUUCACAAACCCAAUAUGGGUUCUAGUGACUCGUAUGCAGACACAUAUGCAAGCAGAAAGAAAAAUCAUGGACGAAAAGAAAGAAGCUUUAAGGAAGGCUGCUUCCGAAAGUAACUUAUCAGGUUCGACUUUGGAAGACAAAUUAGCAGACCUGAAUUCUUCAAAACCCCGACCAUUUGGGACUGUACAUGCAGCUAAUGAAGUUUAUAAUGAAGCCGGUAUAGUUGGAUUUUGGAAGGGUGUCAUCCCUGCUCUAAUUAUGGUAUGCAAUCCAUCCAUCCAGUUUAUGAUUUAUGAGAGUUCAUUAAAGCAUCUAAGGGAGAAACGUUCUGCUAAGAAGCAAGGGGAUACAACUAUAACUGCUUUGGAGGUCUUUUUGGUGGGAGCAAUAGCGAAACUCGGAGCUACUGUCGCAACAUAUCCGUUGCAAGUUGUUAAGUCAAGGCUUCAAGCAAAGCAAGAGAUUGGUGGAAAUAACUCAUUAAGAUACUCAGGUACAUUUGAUGCAAUUUUUAAAAUGAUCCGGUACGAAGGAUUUCGAGGAUUUUAUAAGGGAAUGAGUACAAAGAUAGUACAAAGUGUUUUUGCUGCUUCUGUAUUGUUCAUGAUAAAAGAGGAACUUGUUAAGGCUAUCAUGGUUCUGGCAAAUAAGAGAAAAAAAGUUGUAUUAAAGUAUGAGUAG